GCCUCUAUUUAUGCCGGGCCACAGGAGGACUUAUGUCUUUGACUCCAAUGUAAGCUCAGAGGAACUAGGGAAUAAAAGAAUAUAAGAAAGAAUAGAACUCGCAUUCAUUCAUUUAGAUAUAAGAAAGAAAAGUCACCUAACUCAACAAUACCUCUCGGGGGGCGAGAAUGAUUCGAGCCGUAUGAGGAGAAAGGCCUCCUAUAGUUUAUGGGGGAGGAUUGAUUCUUUACAUCUAUACCAGUUUCUGGGGGAGCAUUGUUUCUUUACAUCUAUACCAAUGAGCCAUCUAUGGAAUGGUUUCAAUUGAUGUUCGAUCCCGAGGAUAAGGGGGAGAUCUUUGAAAAGUGGGUUUUGAUGAUCCGAUAAAGAAGAAAACGGAUUCAAACGUUCCCGCUAUUCUAUAUUUCCUUGAAAAGGGCGCUCAACCUACAGGAACAGUUUCUUACAUUUGUCAAAGUCAGUAUUAAUUUGAUUUCAAGAAAAACCAUUCAUAAAAUAUAGGGAUCUAAUAAUAAUCUCAAUAAAUCUUUGUAUUCUUCUUGACUAACUCUGAAGAAAGUCAAUUCACACCUUACUGAACUUAUAAUGUACACAAAUAGAAUGGAAUGGAAAAUGGAAUGGAAUAAGAACAGCUGCUCGAGUCGACAUCGAGACGUUACUAGCCCUAAAAGAGAUGAUAGUUGACACCUUGCCUUACUUAGUCCUUGCCUUACUUCUAAUUACAUUUUAUAGAAUUCUGUAACCUCACACCUUACUCUCUGAAAUUGAUUCGAGACUUGAUCCCAUCAGAAUCUAGUAACCACAGGAUGAUCCCAAUCUCCUUCUUUUAGUACAAUAAUUGGAGAAAGAAUGAAAACGAACCCUUGCCCGCUUUUAGAUAGAUUCAUAGUACUGUGACUUAUGGGCUAACAUUCAAUGGAUUGGAAAGAGGAGCACGCGAUGUUACUAUAAUGUAGUGUUUCAGGUGUGCCAUGAAUUCUGAUUUGGGAGUGAAUCUUCCCUUUCUUUAUUAGAUGCUAUUUCGACUUCUUCUUCCAGUGCAUCAAAUUGAGGGUCGACAGGUUACGCUGCUAGUCUACAACCGCCAGUGGUUCUACCUAAGGGAAUUGUUCAAUCUAAAUGCUACAGAGCGAGUGCUCUUCGUGUAGUGAUGGAGAUGGGAUGUCCUCCUUAAGAAGUUCUUCGACAUUAAGGUACUGUACUCUAUAGGGAGGCUGUCUAUCGCAAAUCCAAGGGUGGCGACCUUCGCACGCGCAAUUACUUAAAUAAGAGCUUGGAGUCAUCGCAACAAAAAGAGUGAUGACACUCGAAAAUGAGAAUACCAUUUGCAUUCUGGAUAAGGAGUGGAGGGCCUAUUGGGCGGAAAUCCAAAAUAACCUCGAGCAGGCUCUGUCUCAAGACGAGUAUAAAUGAUGACUCUAGUUCUGGAAUCGGUAUCUCCUGAUCAGAGCGCAAUUCAUGCUCUUUUUCGAAAGACGCUUGAUGAGCAUCUGUACUUGUUGUAAAUGCCCCACCUGAUGAUGCCGUUCUUUGACGAGACGCGUGCUCGAUGAGGAACUCCCGCUCCGCCGCUAGGACAGGGAGGAAAUCCGUCUAUUGACUCAAAUGUUCGCGAUCAACUUAUUACUCAGCUCUUUGGAUCUAAAUCCAAUUCUAGGGCAUAUUGAUCAUAAGGAUUACGGUUUCUUAGGAAUUAUGCCGUCGAUUUCUAUUAUCUCCGUGAUAGACUAAACUCCGCCCUGCCCUGUUACACAUUUUCCAUUCUUUUGGUUACUUUACUCAUUCUUGUACUAACUCCUCCAUAUGCGGGGUUUUCUUACUGGGGUGUAUUGGUAAGCCAGCAACCAGUAAUGUAGGCGCCACAACUCCAAGUUCUUAUCUAGUAAGAAAGAGUGUUCUGACUGAUGAGCGAGUGAGUCUGACAACAGCCCGUAAUUUGGAAUAUCUCUGCGGAAACUCUACUCUACAUUUGGAAUAUCUCCGCUUUGUAAACCCUUUAGGAGAAUUCCAGUGGAUUAUGCUAUGCUAUGGAAAGCAUGCGAAACGAAAUCCUUUGAUUGCUUAUUAUGGAUAGUCAGUCUUUCUUGUUCCACUAGCAAGGCAAGGACUAAAUGAUCACAUGUCAGUUUCGUUAUUACAACCUUCUUUUUGUAUGGCAAAGACAAAAAGCUACGCGCAAAUUCUCAUUGGAUCUCGCUUGUUCUUAACUGCGAUGGCUAUUCAUUUAAGUCUUCGGGUAGCACCACCAGAUCUUCAACAAGGUGGAAAUUCUCGUAUUCUGUAUGUACAUGUUCCUGUGGCUCGGAUGAGUAUAGUGACUUAUAUCGCUACGGCUAUAAACAGUUCCUUAUUUCUAUUAACAAAACAUCCCUUUUUUCUUCGCUCUUCCGGAAUCGGUACUGAAAUUGGUGCUUUUUACACUUUUUUGACCUUAGUGACUGGGGGGUUUCGGGGAAGGCCUAUGUGGGGCACCUUUCGGGUAUGGGAUGCUCGUUUCACUUCUGUAUUCAUCUUGUUCCUUAUUUACCUGGGUGCACUGCGUUUUCAAAAGCUUCCUGUCGAACCGGCUCCUAUUUCAAUCCGUGCUGGACCGAUCGAUAUACCAAUAAUCAAGUCUCCUGUAAACUGGUGGAAUACAUUGCAUCAACCUGGGAGCAUUAGCCUAUCUGGUACAUCAAUACAUGCUCCUAUGCCCAUUCCAAUCUUGUCUAACUUUGCUAACUUCCCCUUCUCCACCCGUAUACUAUUCGUUCUGGAAACACGUCUUCCUAUUCCAUCUUUUCCCGAAUCCCCUUUCACAGAAGAAAUAGAAGCUCGAGAAGUAAUACAAACUAACAAAAACCUAGUUCACUCGCUGUUGCAUCCAUGGCUCUGAAUGGUAAAAGCGCCCAACAAGGAGAAAUGGGCUAAUUCGUAGGUUCGAUUCCUACUGGAUGCGCCGCCUCUGAAAGAAAUAAGUACGUCCAUCCCUUAUACGUAAAGCAGUAAAGCAGGAUACAUUUCCAGGAAGUAAGUACGUCCAUCCCUUAUACGUAAAGCAGUAAAGCAGGAUACAUUUCAUCGUCGUUUAACAUAGGGUUAACUCAUCAAAUGAGAAAUCCAUGACUCUUCAAGAUUCAAUCCAUUCUGAAGCGUUAACGUAUUGCCUGUUUUCGUAUCGGCUAAUGUAAGCUGUGAAGCAAAGCGACUCUAUCUCCGUUAUUUGUUGAUGUGCCUAUUGCUCUGAAGUCUAUCGUCCUGGGCUGGGCGCAGGGAAAUCAUCUCUCUUCUAGAACUGUGUUACCAUAAGAGGUAUUAAAGCAAACAAGCAACGCAAGUGGUAGAGAACAAGCAA